AUGAGGGUCCGCCUUCGCAUUCGUGAACAGCUGUGCCUGGUCAUCGGCCUUACAAGUCUGUUAUCGCUGACCGUCCUAACCGUUUCCAUAUGGACACAGACUGUGCAUCAUAUGAACAGCGUAAAAUGGGAAACUCUUAUGGUCACCGCAAAUUUAAAGGCCACUCAAGUAGCCCAGGACAUCACUCUGAUGGGGACAUCAGUGCAGUCAAUUGCCACCAGAGAUGUUCUUCAGGAUCUCCUUCGCGACUUCAACAACGGCAACCACACCCAGGACCUCUACGAUGCCAUACAGGACAAUCUCGUGGACGCUUUGUCGGGCGGGACCGCCGAUGCAGUUCUCCUGCAAGCAGCGGUCUUUCCUCGCAGACCCCGGCCAGAUCAAGGUGACAGUGCUUUGAGCAACGCGACCGGGAGGGGAGCAGCUCGCCAGAUCGUGCUUCCUUUUACCUACAGCAAUGGCACGGCAGUCCUGCUCGGCGACAGCCCCAGUGGUUAUCCGCCUCAGCUCUAUCCUAACCUCACCUAUGGCGAUCAGCCAUCAGAUACCACGUUUGCCCUCUAUGAAGACAAGACGUUGUACAAUAACUCGACGCUAUUUCUCGGUCCGCUUUUCCUGCGCAACAAAUCCGGCAACUCCUCCCUCAUCUCGUUCACAGUUCCCGUCAACAAUAACACCAGUCGCACCGAUGUUCUCGGAUGGCUCACCGUCGUGGUUGAUGGAAAGGCACUCUACGACAUUGUCGAGUCCCCUGUCGGACUAGGUAAGACGGGAGAGGUUGUCAUCAUCGGUCCUGCUCGUCCCGACAACCUCUUCGCCGACAAUGUCGAUGGUCGCUCGAAUGCCGAAAAUGCCGAAGUACCCCUUCAGUUUGUCCUGCCACCUUACAGUAAUCGCCACUCCUUGCGCGCUAAAGAUCCGUAUCUUCCUUUUCCCAUGAAGGCCUAUCCAGCUGUGCUGCGUGCUUGGUCUGACGAAACUGGGGAGAUCAACAAUGCAGGAGCUCUGAUGUCUACCCACAAUGAGCAAAACAAGGGAAUAUCUGCCGGCUAUGCCAGGGUAUCUUCCAAUGUUGUUGACUGGGUGGUUGUCUUUGGGCAGGCUCACAGCGAAGUCGUUGCUCCCAUUAAUAAACUACGAGAUACUGUGCUCGCAUGCAUUUUCAGUGUGGUCGGUGCGGUUCUUAUUGUUUCCUUUCCGCUCGCCCACUUCGCUGUCAAGCCGAUCCUUGCGCUUCGGACUGCUGCCAAAAAUUCAGUGACUACAUAUGAAGCUUACGAUCCCUCCGAAAAAUCGUCAGACACUGAUAGCGAAAAUGCUCUUGGAAAGAUGGACCUUGUCCAAGAGAAAGGGAUAGUUCACAGUGUCUACAAAAGGUCAGCGAGAAGGAAACCUCUCGUACGACCUGUGCGAGUAUUCAAAAUUCCUGAGCGCGUGCCCGAACAUCGCCAUGUCGUACAUGAUGAAUUGACGGAUUUGACUCGUACCUUUAACGAAAUGGCCGACGAGCUUACUAUUCAAUACGGAAGACUUGAGGACCGCGUGAAAAAGAGAACUUCCGAACUAGAGCAAAGUCGAAAUGCCGCGGAAGCUGCCAACGAAAGCAAGACCCUGUUCAUCGCUAAUGUAUCUCAUGAACUACGCACGCCAUUAAACGGUAUCAUCGGCAUGUGUGCGAUCGCCAUGCAAGAGGAAGAGGUUACGAGCAUCCGACAGUCCCUCAAAAUCAUCUACAAAUCCUCGGAUCUGCUCUUGCAUCUCCUCAACGACUUGCUGACGUUCAGCCGCAGCUCUUUUGGUCAGAACUUUGCCAUCGAAGAAGACACAUUUCGCCUUGUGGACGUCGGCUCACAACUUGUGUCUAUCUUUGAGAAGCAAGCGCGUGAAUCUGAUGUCAGCUUGCGAGUGGUUUUCAUUGGCGUCGACUCAAAAGUACAGGGGGAUACCGACCAAGACGACCAGGAGGACGCCAUUGGACCGGCAGACCUUGGAGCUCUGAGGGACAUAGGUUUGAGGGGGGACAAGAAUCGAAUAUUGCAAAUUCUGAUGAAUCUCGUAAGUAAUGCGCUCAAGUUUACGGCCGCCAAAGGCGUCGUCGAAGUGCGAAUACGAUGCAAGGGAUUUGUGGAACCUGAAGCCAUGCCUGAUGUGGCAUACUCAAAUACCACAGCUACGCCAGUUUCACCUCUCAAUGCGCUACAGCGGCGCAAUACCGAGAACGUCCAGCCAAAGUCAUCGAUGAAGGGAUUAUUGUUCGACUUCGAGGUCGAAGAUACGGGUUCGGGUAUCCCCGAACAUCUGCAACAAGACAUCUUCAAGCCCUUCGUCCAGGGUGACUUGGCUUUAAGCAAGAAGCAUGGUGGCGUCGGCCUUGGGCUAGCGAUAUGCUCACAGCUUGCAGGCAUGAUGGGUGGCACUAUUACCCUGAAGAGUACUGUCGACAUUGGCAGCACAUUCACUCUUUCUCUGCCACUCCGUUAUACCAAGGAGGCUGUGCCUUCCGUAUCUGACUCCCUCGCACGACCGAAGCCACGAAGUAUAUCCAGCAGCAUCCAAUUUGAAGCCUUCAGUACAAAGUCUCGCAGGUCAAGAGACCCACGGUCACCUAUCCGAUCGAGACAGGCGUCCGUAUAUUCUGCACAAGACAAAGACUCUCCGAUGGAUGUGCCCCGUCUUGUGGGGUUCUCUCAGCCAUAUCUGAUAGACGGGAACGUGAGCUCAGAAAGAGUGGAUUCGAUCGGCCAGCUACCCAAUCAAGAGAAAAGGCAAAACAUCCACCCUCCAAACAACAGGCUGGCAUCGAUCAUGUCUGUAACGACACCAGACGAAACGAAUGAGACGGCGGCAAUGAAGCUGGAAGAUCAAGCAAAGACUACAGACACUGUCAAGAAGGAAGUACCACUUCUAUCUUCAGGAGCUCCCGCGGAAGCCUGUUCUCUCAAGGUUCUGGUCGCUGAAGAUAAUCCAGUCAAUCAACAAGUGAUUCUCAAAUUACUCAAGCUCGAAAAAGUGAACGACGUUACAUUGGCGGAAGACGGUGAGCAAGCUUUGAACAUUGUGCGAAAAUUAUACUCUGAAGUGGAAAGCGAGAACGAAAAGCCACGGCCUUUCUCGCUUGUUCUGAUGGAUAUUCAGAUGCCGCGAAUGGACGGGAUUGAAUCCACAAAAAAGAUGCGAGAGCUAGGAUUUGAUGCUCCAAUCCUUGCCCUGACAGCAUUUGACCAUGAGAUAAACCGAACAGCUUGUCGUGAUGCAGGCAUGAAUGGUUUCCUUCCCAAGCCGAUCAAGCGGACGGCUUUGAAGAGGAUCCUUGAACAGUACAGGAGUCUGAAUCAAGGAAACAUGGAUACUCAGCAAAAUGACGAUCGAAAAGACGGCGAAUGA